UAUAGUUUAGUAAUUUCCUGGGGGGUAAUUGCUGCGUUUUUUUCUUCUAUUUUCUCUUUCAUUAAUUUUAUUUUAUUUUUCCCCCAAUUAUUUGAAAAUCGCCUCUCUUUCACUCCUAAGAUCGGAUACACUUUCGAGAUUUUGUUCCUUCCAGAUCAUGAACAAACUAUAUGUUGGGAAUUUAAGUCCUUCGGUCACUGUCGAGGACUUGAAGCAGCUCUUUGGGGAGAGGAAGCUACCAGUGGCCGACCAGGUCCUACUGAAAUCCGGCUAUGCUUUUGUGGACUUCCCCGACCAGAACUCGGCCAUAAAGGCUAUAGAGACUCUUUCUGGUAAAGUUGAAUUACACGGAAAGGUGAUAGAGGUAGACUACUCUGUUCCCAAAAAACUAAGGAGUCGGAAGAUCCAGAUCCGGAACAUUCCCCCUCAUCUACAGUGGGAGGUUUUGGACGGACUUCUAGCUCAGUAUGGUACUGUAGAAAACGUGGAACAAGUGAACACUGAUACAGAAACAGCAGUGGUGAAUGUCACAUACGCAACCAAGGAGGAAGCUAAAGAAGCCAUUGAGAAGUUAACAGGACAACAGUUCGACGACUACUCUUUCAAAGUGUCAUACAUUGUAGACAUGGAUGCUGCUCCGCCCGAUGAGGCUCCCCGCACGCGGCGUGGGGGUCGGUCGUCCCGAGACCAGGGUGCCUCUCAACCUGGGCCCUCAGGAGACUUUGGCGCUCCACGGCGACAACACGACUUCCCCCUGCGCAUGCUCGUGCCUACUCAGUUUGUGGGAGCCAUCAUCGGCAAGGAGGGCCUUACCAUCAAGAACGUCACCAAACAGACACAGUCCAAGGUGGACAUUCAUCGGAAGGAAAAUGCAGGUGCAGCAGAAAAGCCCAUCACCAUCCACUCAACUCCCGAGGGCUGCUCCUCUGCCUGCCGCAUGAUUCUGGAAAUCAUGCAGAAGGAGGCCAACGAGACCAAGACGACGGAGGACAUCCCUCUGAAAAUCCUCGCUCACAACAGCCUUGUGGGCCGGCUGAUUGGGAAAGAGGGCCGCAACCUAAAGAAGAUUGAGGAGGAGACAGGGACCAAGAUUACCAUCUCCUCGUUACAAGACUUAACCAUUUACAACCCUGAGAGGACCAUCACGGUGAAGGGCAGCUUGGAGGCAUGUUGUAAAGCCGAAGCGGAGAUCACGAAGAAACUGAGGGAAGCCUACGAGAAUGACAUUGCUGCUAUAAACCAACAGGCCAACCUGAUCCCAGGCUUGAAUCUGAACGCUCUGGGAAUCUUCUCCUCUGGUCUGCCGGUGCUGCCCCCUUCUGCUGGACCACGCGGUGCAGUGCCCCCUGUGGCACCAGCAGGAUACAACCCAUUCUUAAGUCACUCUUCACAACUCAGUGGCCUGUACGGGGUUCCUCCAGCAAGUGCCACCCCCCACCAGCACUCACAACAGGCUCAAGAACAGGAGGUUGUCUACCUCUUUAUUCCAACUCAGGCGGUCGGGGCCCUAAUUGGCAAGAAGGGGCAGCACAUCAAACAACUCGCCCACUUCGCUGGAGCUUCCAUCAAGAUUGCCCCAGCUGAGAGCCCAGAUGUGACUGAGAGGAUGGUAAUCAUUACUGGAACCCCAGAGGCUCAGUUUAAGGCCCAAGGUCGGAUAUUUGGGAAGCUGAAAGAGGAGAACUUCUUCUCAGCGAAGGAGGAGGUCAAACUGGAGACGCACAUCAAGGUUCCCUCAACUGCAGCCGGCAGGGUCAUUGGUAAAGGCGGCAAGACGGUAAACGAGCUGCAGAACCUUACAAGCGCUGAGGUCAUCGUACCGCGGGACCAAACUCCAGACGAGAAUGAUGAGGUCUUUGUGAAAAUCAGUGGGCAUUUCUUUGCCAGCCAGACUGCACAGAGGAAGAUCCGGGAGAUCAUUCAGCAGGUGAAACAGCAGGAACAGAAGCACCAGCAGGGCGCCGCCGUGUCACCGCACCACUCCAAGUGACCAGCGGGGUGGCUCCAGCGGGCGCCAGCCAAUGAAUGUAGCCCUUCCAAACGGACAGAGACCUACCAAGACAAAGGCCAAGGCCAAGGGGGACAUGCAGGGCAGACCAGCAGCACCGGGAUCAAAACCAAAGAACUUCAUUCGGGGGGAAACAAGUGAGAGCCAAAGGCUGAGGGCAUUGUGUGCACUGCCAGCCCUGUGAGAGCAGAUAGAGUGGGAGAAAUCGUACUGAUAUAAUAUAAUAUUUAAAAAAAGACCAAAAAAAAAAUUCUAAAAGAAAGUUGGAAAUGGCAGAGAAUUUGGGAACUGUUGUCUUCACAGUUAAAAAGGUCAACAGGAAAUAGUAUGUCGCCCUGCAUAACGUUAUCUCUUUAGUUGGACUAACAUAGGCCUAACAAACAGAUAAAGCUGUAUUAACACGAGCGUAUACGAGGCAUUGUGUUUGAUAUUUUGGAUUAGAGCGAGAGAGAGGGACAAUGGACACCUUCUCUCACAAGAGAUUGAGAUGAUCUUCAGACUGUAAGAUGAAAUAUCCUUAGCAGUAUUAAUACAGAGUAGAAAAGUAUAUUGAUGCACCCGGAGGAUACGCUGUUAUUUUUGAAAAUGACAGUACAACUCGGUGGAGUUUUUAAUAUUUUGCUUGUUCCAGAGAUUGAUUGGGCUGUGACAGCCACAUAAAGCGGUUUCCCUUGUUUGUUCACAUAGGCCACUGAAAUCAAAAAAGAAAACCCCUAUAAAGUAAAUAUGGUGAA